AUGCCCUCUUACUUGUUGCCAUCCUCCAAACCUCCCUCAGAAGAGGCACAUGGAGGAGAGCCUCAGCUGAUGACUACAGUGUACACUACAUUCAUACCAGGAGAGGUUGUCCCUCAGCAAAUACAAAACGGAACAAAUCCAAAUGCCAUUGCAAACUUCAUUAUUCUCGGAUUUGUGGAUCACACAGAGCUGCAGGGUCUUCUAUUCCUGGCUUUCCUAGUAAUCUAUAUGAUGACCAUGGCUGGGAAUCUCCUCCUCGUUGUGCUAGUUGUGGCUGAUCUGCAUCUUCACACCCCUAUGUACUUCUUCCUAGGAAGUCUGUCCUGCUUGGAGAUCUGCUACACAUCAACUCUUCUGCCCAGGAUGUUGUUCAGUCUUCUGACUGGGGUCAGAACCAUUUCUGUUAAUGGUUGCCUUGUGCAAUACUAUUUCUUUGGCUCCUUAGCAUCUACAGAAUGUUAUCUCCUGGCUGUGAUGUCCUAUGAUCGAUACUUGGCCAUCUGCAAACCACUGCGCUACACCUCUCUCAUGAAUGGCAGCCUCUGCUUCUGGCUUAUCACUGCCUCUUGGAUGAGGGGUGUGCUAACUAACACUAUAAUCACAUCCCAGGUUUUGCAGCUAUCAUUUUGCGGCCCAAAUAAAAUUAAUCAUUUCUUUUGUGAUUUAGAACCAGUGAUAAAGCUGUCCUGCAGCAGCACACACAUGGUGGAGCUCGUAAGUUUCAUCCUAGCCUCCAUGGACACAACACUCCCAUUCCUACUUACCCUGAUUUCAUAUGUGUAUAUAAUCAUUAACAUUCUUCGAAUCCGGUCCAAAGCCAUGAGGCAGAAGGCCUUCUCCACUUGUUCCUCUCAUCUCAUUGUAGUGACACUUUUCUUUGGGUCUCUGAUCAUUGUCUAUGUAGUUCCUAAAACUGAUGCACUGAGGGCGCUUCAUCAGACCUUCUCUCUCUUUUAUACUAUCCUAACUCCCAUGGUUAAUCCCCUCAUAUACAGCUUGAGAAAUAGAGAGGUGAAGGAGGCUCUGUAUAGAACUGUCAGCAAAGCUAUGAAUUGGGCUCAAUUUCCUUAG